AUGACGAGCAUGAGCUGGACCGCUUUGCUGAGGUCUUCUAUCAUCGCCUUCUGUCAAGAGCUCCAACAUAUAAAAGAGCCAGAUGCGGUGCUCAGAGAAGAGCUGGCUGUAGUUGAAGAUCGUUCGAGGAGGAGGCUCGAAAAUUUCGCACUGCAUCCAACGUUUGACGGCGUACCUAGCCUCCAAGAAGAGCUACUUGCAGAUGGUCGGCAUAUGAGAGACCUCGAGCUCGCGCACGUGGCUUCCAGGGCCCAGAGGCUUGAGUUAUAUGACGAAGCAAUGGAAGAACUAACCGGAAGGAUGCUAAGGGAACAGUUCGAUAUCUUGGGCCUAGCGAUGAUACAGAAGUUGGUACCAGGGUUAUCUGUAUCCCUAAACCAGGAUGAAGACGACUCUAUCCUUCCUUGUCCCGAUGAUGAGCAACCGUCGGCCUCUGAGUGCCAGCCGAACAAUGUAGCGGCGGGAGAUGCACAUGUGCAGGCUCCCGAUCAUGAAACAAGAUGGGACGACGAGUCCAGUCAGACGGUCCGGCCAACGGCAAACACAUCCGUGACGUGGUGUACUUUGCGCAGGAGAGAUCAAGCUGAUCCCCACGGCAAUAGCGGUCGGGAGCGGAUUUAUCGCGCGAUGACGAGACGAGCAUCCCUCAAACAGAGAAGAGCGAGGCACCACCGUGAAAAUUCGCCAUCGCCACUUGCUACCGAAGUUCAAGUGCUGCAUCAACACGACGAUUCUGAAAAGGCCCUGAUCCGUAAGAGAGGUAACACCUUAUGCAACAAGGCUAUGAACAUGGGAGUUGAUGGACACACCACCUGCAUACUGGUCUUCAAGAAUCCAGUUCACGACGAGUGGGUGUCUGCGGGACACAUACCGGAAGGUCAAACGAUCCCAAGCCUUGACGCUAUAGUAAGUAUUGCCGUAGCCACGCUCUUCCUGUCUUUGACUUACAGUAGAAACAGGUAGCCGAGCAUAUGGGACGUCGUCAAGAGGCCGGAACAGACUCGCCCUCCAUCAAAGUUGAGAACAGUAGCCCAAACACCGCAAUGGGAAGAGAACGGGAUUACAUGAACAUGAUUGUACACGAGGGCAUAGGUUGUGCAAAGUAAUGAUGGAUGGAUCAUGCUCACCUGGAGGAUGGGCGAGCGG